GCCGCCGGCCGCCCGGAGCCGCACAGGCGGGCAGGGCUGGGCUAGCUCCCGGCCAUGGCUGGCUACCUCUCCCCCGGCGCGUAUUUCUACACCGAGGAGCAGGAGUACCUGCAAGCCUAUGAGGAUGUCCUAGAGAGAUACAAAGAUGAGCGUGACAAAGUACAGAAGAAGACAUUCACAAAAUGGAUAAAUCAGCAUCUCAUGAAGGUUCGAAAGCAUGUGAACGACCUAUAUGAAGACCUAAGAGAUGGACAUAACUUAAUCUCACUUCUAGAAGUCCUUUCUGGAGACACCUUGCCAAGAGAGCGAGAUUUUUUGAAGACCUUACGGUUGGUGAGUUCAACAGAAGCAUGCGCAAAUGAACAGCAUGAGGAUGUGGAGGAUGAGGAUAAGGGGCCCCGAGAAAAAGGUCGGAUGCGUUUUCACAGACUGCAGAACGUCCAAAUUGCACUUGACUAUUUGAAAAAGCGCCAGGUGAAACUGGUUAACAUCAGAAAUGAUGAUAUCACAGAUGGGAAUCCCAAAUUGACUUUGGGGUUGAUAUGGACCAUAAUUUUGCACUUUCAGAUAUCUGAUAUCCAUGUUACUGGGGAGUCAGAGGACAUGUCUGCUAAAGAGAGACUGCUCCUGUGGUCGCAGCAAACAACAGAGGGUUAUGCUGGAAUACGCUGUGAAAACUUCACCACCUGCUGGCGCGAUGGAAGGUUAUUUAAUGCCAUCAUUCAUAAAUACAGGCCGGACCUGAUAGACAUGAAUACCGUUGCUGUUCAAAGCAACCUUGCAAAUUUAGAACAUGCUUUUUUUGUAGCAGAAAAACUUGGUGUUGCCAGACUUCUGGAUCCUGAAGAUGUUGAUGUUUCCUCACCUGAUGAGAAGUCAGUAAUAACUUAUGUGUCAUCACUUUAUGAUGCAUUUCCCAAAGUACCAGAAGGUGGUGAAGGCAUCAGUGCAAAUGAUGUUGAAGUCAAAUGGGUUGAAUAUCAGAAUAUGGUGAACUACCUCAUGCAGUGGAUCAGACACCAUGUCACGAUAAUGUCUGACAGAACAUUUCCCAACAAUCCCGUGGAAUUGAAGGCACUUUAUAAUCAAUAUUUGCAGUUUAAAGAAACAGAAAUUCCACUGAAGGAGACAGAUAAAUCAAAAAUUAAACACCUAUAUAAACUGCUAGAGGUCUGGAUAGAAUUUGGACGCAUCAAACUUUCUCAAGGCUACCAUCCAAAUGAUAUAGAAAAAGAAUGGGGAAAGCUGAUUAUUGCCAUGCUGGAAAGAGAGAAGACCCUUCGGCCUGAAGUGGAGAGGUUGGAAAUGCUGCAGCAAAUUGCGAACAGAAUUCAGCGAGACAGCCGGAGCUGUGAGGACAAACUGAUACUUGCCCGGAAUGCUCUGCAGUCUGACACCAAGCGAUUGGAGUCAGGGCUCCAGUUCCAACAUGAAGCAGAGAUAGCUGGGUAUCUUCUUGAAUCUGAGAAUCUUCUCCGCCAGCAAGUGAUUGAUGCCCAAAUUCUUAUUGAUGGAAAAUACUAUCAAGCAGACCAGCUUGUUCAAAGAGUUGCAAAGCUUCGUGAUGACCUGAUGGCCAUACGGACGGAAUGUUCUUCUGUGUACAACAAGGGGCAUGCACUGACCACAGAGCAGACAAAGCUGAUGAUAUCAGGAAUAACUGAAAGCUUAAACUCAGGAUUUACAACAAACCUAACACCUGAAUUAAAUGCUGCAAUGACACAAGGUUUAACACCUACUUUGACUUCUUCCAGUUUGACAUCUGGCCUUUCAUCAGGUCUGGCUUCCAGACUGACACCAACCAUCACUCCCACUUACCCAUCAGGCAUCCCACCACGGUUAAUUCAGAGCUACGUGACAGGAGUAGACAGUGGGACUCUGCAAACACUCAAACUGACGCAAAUUAGAAAACCUCGUAUGAAAUCAGCUUUUGUGGAUCAGAAUUUGACAGAAGAAGAGGUGAACAUGAAGUUUGUCCAGGACCUGUUGAGCUGGGUAGAAGAAAUGCAGGUUCAACUUGAUCGAGCAGAAUGGGGUUCAGAUUUGCCAAGUGUUGAAAGCCAUUUAGAAAAUCACAAAAAUGUCCACAAAGCUAUUGAGGAAUUUGAAUCCAGCCUUAAAGAAGCCAAGAUCAGUGAGAUCCAAAUGACUGCCCCUCUUAAACUCAGUUAUGCAGAAAAACUGCACAAACUGGAGAGCCAAUAUUCAAAGCUCUUGAACACAUCAAGAAAUCAGGAAAGACAUCUGGAUACUCUUCACAAUUUUGUGUCUCGUGCUACUAGAGAGUUGAUAUGGCUGAAUGAAAAAGAAGAGGAAGAGGUUGCAUAUGACUGGAGUGAAAGAAACCCCAAUAUAACAAGAAAAAAGGAAUACCAUGCAGAAUUAAUGAGAGAACUUGAUGAAAAAGAAGAAGUUAUUAAAUCAGUACAAGAAAUAGCUGAGCAAUUGCUUCUUGAAAACCACCCAGCCAGGCUAACCAUUGAGGCCUAUAGAGCUGCAAUGCAGACACAAUGGAGCUGGAUUCUUCAGCUCUGCCACUGUGUUGAACAACAUUUGAGAGAAAAUGCUGCAUAUUUUGAGUUUUUCAGUGAUGCCAAAGAAGCCAUGGAAUAUUUGAAGAAUUUAAAAGAUACCAUAUACCGAAAAUACAGUUGUGAUAGAUCAAGUGGUCUUCAUAGGCUGGAAGACCUUGUCCAGGAGUCUAUGGAAGAAAAAGAACAACUCUUGCAGUAUAAGAGCACAGUAGCAGGCCUUGUGGGAAGAGCAAAAGCAAUAAUUCAGCUGAAGCCAAGGAACCCUGACUGUGUACUCAAAACAUCCAUUCCAAUUAAAGCCAUCUGUGACUAUAGACAAAUUGAGAUAACUAUUUACAAAGAUGAUGAGUGUGUAUUAGCAAACAACUCCCAUCGUGCUAAAUGGAAAGUCAUUAGUCCAAGUGGUAAUGAGGCCAUGGUUCCAUCUGUAUGCUUUACAGUUCCUCCACCAAACAAAGAAGCAAUAGAUACGGCCAACAGGAUUGAGCAGCAAUUUCAGAAUGUCCUGGCCCUUUGGCACGAGUCACAUGUAAACAUGAAGAGUGUGGUGUCCUGGCAUUACCUGACAAAUGAAAUUGAAGCUGUUCGAGCUGGCAAUGUUGCCUCAAUAAAGACAAUGCUGCCAGGUGAACAUCAGCAGGUUCUAAGCAAUUUACAGUCCCGCUUUGAUGAUUUUGUGGAAGACAGCCAGGAGUCCAAAAUCUUUACAAGCUCCGAUACGGCACAGCUGGAAAGGGAGGUUAAUGUUUGCAAACAAUACUAUCAAGAGCUUCUCAAGUCUGCAGAAAGAGAGGAGCAGGAAGAAUCUAUUUACAAUCUGUACAUCUCUGAAGUCAGAAAUAUCAGACUUCGGCUGGAGAGCUGUGAGGAGAGGUUAAUACGGCAGAUCCGGACGCCAAUGGAAAGGGACGAUGUACAUGAAAAUGUGCUUAGGAUUUCAGAGCAAGAGAAACUGAAGAAAGAACUGGAUCGACUAAAGGAGGACUUGGGAGUCAUCACAGAUAAGUGCGAAGAGUUUUUCAGUCAAGCUGCUGGUUCACCUUCAGUCCCUACUCUGCGCUCUGAACUCAAUGUUGUUAUACAAAACAUGAAUCAAGUUUACUCCAUGUCUUCCAUUUUCAUAGAUAAAUUAAAAACUAUAAAUUUGGUGCUGACGAACACCCAGACAGCAGAAUCAUUAGUAAAACACUAUGAAACUAAGUUGUGUGAAGAAGAGGCAGUAACGGCUGACAAAAACAAUAUUGAAAAUCUGAUGGGUACAUUAAAGCAAUGGAGAUCUGAAGUAGAUGAGAAAAGACAAACAUUCCAUGCCUUAGAGGAUGAACUGCAGAAGGCAAAGAUGAUCAGUGAUCAGAUGUUUAAAAUGCACAAGGAACGUGAUCUUGACUUUGACUGGCAUAAAGAAAAAGUUGAUCAGUUGGCUGAGAGGUGGCAAAAUGUUCAUUCUCAAAUUGAAAAUAGGUUGCGUGACUUAGAAGGUAUUAAUAAAUCUCUGAAGUAUUAUAAAGAUACUUACAAUUCUUUGGACACUUGGAUUCAACAAGUGGAAGAUACUCAGCGAAAGAUUCAAGAAAUACAUCCCGAGAAUAGCAAAGCAUUGGCUAAGCAAUUGAACCAACAUAAGAUGCUGGUUUCUGAGAUUGAAAUGAAGCAAAGCAAAAUAGAUGAAUGCCAGAAGUAUUCAGAACAAUACUCAGCUGCUGUGAAGGACUAUGAGUUGCAGACCAUGACCUACAGAGCUAUGGUUGACUCCCAGCAAAAAUCUCCAGUAAAGCGCCGAAGAAUGCAAAGCUCAUCAGACUUCAUUAUUCAAGAGUUCAUGGAUCUACGGACUCGGUACACUGCCUUAGUGACCUUGAUGACUCAAUACAUUAAGUUUGCAGGUGAUUCUUUGAAAAGACUGGAAGAAGAAGAGAAAUCAAUGGAAGAGGAAAAGAAGGAACAUGUUGAGAAAGCUGGGGAUUUACUGAAAUGGGUGUCAAACCUCAGCAAGACACUCAGCAAAGAAGAAGGAGAAAAGGCUGAAAAGACAGAUUUACCUAAGCAGCAGAUUUCCCUUCAUGAAAUGUCAACCAAGAAAGAACAAAUAGCUGAAGCUCUGCAGACUACACAGUCAUUUUUAGCUAAGCACAGUGACAAAAUGACAGAUGAGGAGAGACAUGAAAUGGAAAAGCAAGUUAGAUCCCUCCAGGAAAGCUACAGCUUGUUAUCCAAUGAAGCUUUGAAGCAGCUGCAAGAAGCACAUCUGGGUGAUGAAAAGAUGGAAGAAAAGGUGAAUAAAGUCAUUGCGGGUGUCAUUGACCAAACAACUGGAGAAGUCCUUUCAGUCUUUCAGUCUAUUUUAAGAGGUUUUCUUGACUAUGACACUGGAAUUAGAUUGCUUGAGAAUCAGCUGAUUCUUUCUGGAAUAAUUUCUCCAGAUUUAGGAGUGUGUUAUAGUUUGGAAGAAGCUAAAGCCCAUGCCUUAAUUGAUGAGCAGAUUCUGUUGCAGCUGCAAGAAUUAAGUAAUGCAAAGAAGCUUAUAACAGAAUCAUCAUUAGCAAAUAUUCCAGUUGUUUCAGCAUUAGAACAAGGUCUGAUUUCAGAACCUGUAGCUGUUAAAAUUCUUGAGAAUCAGCUUUCACGUGGGUAUUUGAUUUUGCCAUCUACUGGAGAAAAGCUGUCUUUGCCGAAUGCUUUCCAGAGAAAUCUCAUUUCUCCAACAUUAUAUUCAAAGCUCCUGGAAAGACAAGAUACGUGUAAAGAUCUCAUAGACCCCAACUGUGCUGAGAAAAUUUCCCUUGAACAGAUGGUUCAUAGAAGCAUAAUACAUGAAGCAACAGGGUUAAGACUUCUACCUGUGAAACCACAAGAAAAAGGGAGAAUUGUGUUCAAAUGUGGAAGGAGGGUAACUGUUUUGAGGGCAGCCCAUGAAGGGCUCAUUGACAGGGGAACAAUGUUCAGGCUGCUGGGUGCUCAGUUAAUGUCUGGAGGUAUCAUUGACCCUGACUCGGGGAAACGAGUGACUGUGGAAGAGGCCAUGAGACAAGGGAUGAUAGAUCAGGACACUGCUUGUGGGAUCCUCACACAUCAGGUUCAGACUGGUGGAAUCCUUUGUCAAAAUUCAGGACAACGCUUGACUGUUGAUGAAGCUGUGCAAUGCAACUUAAUAUCAUGUACCAGUGCUCUGCUGGUAUUAGAAGCACAGAGAGGCUUUGUGGGACUAAUUUGGCCUCACACUGGUGAAAUAUUCCCUGUAUCAACUUCUUUGCACCAAGAUAUGAUUACAAAUGAACUGGCAUUCAAAAUACUGAAUGAUAGAAGGAAAAUAGCUGCACUUUACAUUCCAGAAACUUGUGAAAUAAUCAGUCUUGACAAGGCUGCAGAAUCAGGAAUAAUAGACAGUAAUACUGUAUCAGUUUUGACCAAUGUGACUUUACCAGAUAAAAUGCCCAAUGUAGAAGAAUUAAAAUCCUCUUGUAAAAAUGCUGCAAAAUGGUUAUCAACUUAUGAAUUCCUGCCAUCUGUAUUUCAUGACUGUGAGGAGGAGCAUGAAGAUUCUGGCACAGAAGACCCUGUAUGUCAUAAUCUAGAUCAGGCUAAGAAACUAUUAAUGUCUUACCUGAUGGUAAAUAGUUAUAUGGAUGCAAACACUGGACAGAGACUUUUGUUAUAUGAUGGACAACUGCAAGAAGUCAUCAGUAUGUUGCUGGAAGAUGAUAGUGCUGGGUACAAUGCUGGUGUGUCAGAAAUGGAGUUUAGUAACAAAUGUGUAAGCUCAAAAGGAAUCCACCUUAAGUCACCAGACACUGUUCAGGGUGCUCUUUCAGGUGCUGAGAAUUCUUGUAAUAACAGGAAAUGUAAUCAAUUUGAUGAUUUUGGGAAUUACAGAUCUUCACAAGAUCUCCAUGUGUGCAGGCCAGAUGUUUGCAAUAUUCUUGGUACUGAGCAAUCAGAAUAUACACAGGAGAUGCUGUUAACUAUCCCUGCAGAACUCAGAAAUGUGGUAAGCAGCACUCAAAAUUCCAUGAACAGAAAUGAACUUGGAGGUUUUUUGGAGGUUUCUGAGUGGACAGAACUCUGUAAGCAUAACAAUCAGCAGACAAAUUCAGGAAACAUUGAAGGAUGUCUUCCAAAUGACUCAAAUACAAACAUUUUAUCACAAACAGCAAAAGAAGAGAUUUGUGUGGGAGACAGUCUAGAUAAUGAAAACAUGAAUGAUAAAACAUUAAAAAAUUCCUUGAGCAUGAAUGAUUUGUCAGAUAAUGAAACAUGGAGGGAGCUGGAAAGGUGCACAGAACAUGGGUCUCACAUAUUUCGAGCUGAUGGUAGCAGAAUGGUACACGAUAACAGCAAAAAAGAUAAUUUUCAGAGAAAUCUUGGUUCAUCCAUCAGUGAAGACACUGAAUAUAGAAUUCCAGAAGAAUUGGUUAGUCCGUGUGGUGUCACACUGAAGUUUGAAGACAAUAGGUAUGGUGUGCAACUUCUACAGGAAUAUGCAGGUCCAUCCCUAGAGGACUGUCCUUAUAUCCAUGGAGGGCCAUCCCUGGAGGACUGUACUGGUUUUCAGAACAAGCUGUGUCUAGAAGACGGCAUAGACAUGCACCACAGGCUUUCAUUGGAUGGUAAUACUGUCCUACCUGAUGUACCACCCGUGGGGGACAGUAACAGCACAGCACAAAGGCUGACAGAAGAAGAAAGUGAUCUUAUAUUCCACAAGUUACUGCCGUGUGACAGUAGUUCCGACUCAUCGAUAGAGGGGGAUGAUGGCAUCCCACAGCUUGAGAGUAACUGCUUGCAGCAGAAAUGUGGUGAGGCAGCCUCUGAAGAGGUCAGCUCUCAGUUGGAUGACGGUGAUGAUGAUGCCUAUGAAACACCUCAGGGUGAUGAUGAUGAUGACAGUGAUGUCUAUGAUACUCCACAAAUUGAUGAUGAUUCCUCUGACACUUCUGAAGGUGAUGAGGGGUUUGAUACCUUGCAGUUGGGGGAUGAUGGUACACCAGAGCCAGAAUUGGCUGGAAGAUCAGUUCCAUUAGGUUUUCUGGAGGAGAGAGGUGGUCGAAUAACCCUAAGAGAAGAGACCAGCUCUUUUCAAGAACUUGCAGAUAAUGCUGGAGAGAAUGUUCAUGUAAAUGUGAAAGGGCAGCCUGAAAGCAUAACUAUAGCUUCUGCAAAUUCCAAAACUAUGGAGAAAAUCCCUGAGGAAAGGGAAAAAACAGGAAGUUUUGGAGAGAAGGAGCAAGAAUUACCAGUUACUGUUGAGAGUGAAGGAAGAAAGGAAGGAGGCAUGAGCUAUUUAAGGAAUAUGUAUGAAGAUGAUGUACAAGACAGGAAUGAGGAUGUUGAAAUGAAAGCAGGAGGUGAUCUGUGUGAGGAGGAAUCUGAAGGUACACAGGAGGGGGAAGAUUACGAGGAGGAUUAUGAUAGUUAUGAUGACUCUGACACUGAUUCUGACAGUGAAGAUGAAAUGGAUAUUUUUUAUUCACAUCAUCAAUCUAUAAGUGAAGGUGACCAGCUGCUAAUUUCUGUAGAAGAUGUAGAAAGGAACAAUGAAAACAAUCAGAAUAUUGAUGACUGCUGCUGUUCUUUAGGCCACAAGACAGGAUAUACUUUGCAAUUCAAGUCUAACCAUGAAAAUGAAAAACUAUCCUCAGUAAUAUGUGAAUCAAUGUCAAAUAUUUCUGAAGAAAGAUAUGUUGGUCUUUCAUGUACCAGUGAAGAAGACAGACAGCAGGAAACAGAAGAUGAAUAUGGGACUUGUGUCAAAAGUGAACACAUGCCACAAGAUACUACUGAGCCUAUUCAGUCUGAAAAUACCUUUGACAGUAAAUGGAUAUCCACUAAGAGUGAAGAAAAUACUGAAACACAGUUUAGGGUUCCAGGUUCUCAGCUUCUUGAUGGUACUGUGAAAUCUGACAUCAGUGUGGCAGCCUACCUACAGCACGCUACUGAUGAUGACCAAAGUACCUGGACAAAUUUGAUUCUCUCAGAAUGCUUUACUGAUAGCAGAAAUAAAGACAAUAAUACCAUUCAAAUGUUAGAUUCAAAUCAUAGACAGAGAGAGACACUACUUGCAGAGGAAAAAGUAUUAACUUAUAUGGAACAGCUAAAGGAAAGUUCAUCCCAAAUGGACAAUAAAUUCCUUACAGAUACCCUUUAUGUGAGUGAUAAUAGUUCUCUUAGGGACACAAUACAUCCAGUCACCAGUGUGAAGCAUGGUCAAAUAGAGAGAGGUUUUGAAAUUCUUACAGAAAGUAAAAAUAGAGUAAAUAUUAUAGAGGAAUGUGAUGUCAUAGUGCUAGGUAAUAGUCCCAUUCAGAUGGAAAACCUUGGGGAAAUAUUUGAUGCAACAGUACUUAAAGCUGCUAGAGAAACUCCUGUUGCAAGUAAAGAAAAUGUUGAUCAAGCUUUUCUUGACAUUCAGGGUACAAGAUCAGAUGAAUUUAAGAGAGAUGUUAGCAUUUCUGCUUCUUUAAAACAACAUACAACGUGCAUAAAAGAAGGCGUCCAUUCAGAACUCAAUAAAACUGAAUUUUGUUUUGAAGACAUGGAAAGAGGGGAAAAGGGUAUACGGAAGGAAAAGGAUUUUCUGCUAAAUACGGAAGAAAUGCAUUCAAGUGAAUUUAACACUUACUCUUUCCCCCCACCUGAUACAGUGAAAGGAGAGGAGAUUAGCGUAACUAAAGAAACAGGGAGACUUAACUGUCAAAAUACCGACAAUGUUCUUAAAGAUGUUCCAGAAAACAAAAGCAGCAAUGAUAGUGAAAUGUUCCCCACAAAACCAGAUGCUUUAGGAAGUACUGAGGAUACCAAAGAAUUAGGGGAUGGAGGUGAAGUGCUACCUAUUGGGAGACAUACCCACGUCACUGGUGCUUCUUCAGUUCUGAGUAGCAUAGGGACUAAGUGGAAUUACAGUGCCCAGAAUGAAUGUGAGAUGCUGAAAGACACAAAGGGAGAAAAUGUCCUGGUCAGUGAGGCUUCCUCCCUUGGAAAUGGUUUCAAAAAACAAAUGUCCGUGGAGCCAUUGCAAAAAGAAAUGGGACCCUGCAAAGAUUUUCAAGUAAAGGAAGGUAUUUCACAGUCAGCAGAUGUAUCUGAUACACUGAUGGAAGACUUACGGAAUAUAUUACAAAGGAAAUUGAAAAUGGGGCAUGUUUACUGCAAGCAUGAAGGUGAACCUCUAAGUUACUCUGAUACCAGAACUUUAAUGCAAAAUUUACUUAAAAUGGUUGGAAGCACCCAACUUGCUAGUGAGGCGUCUAGUGGGUCAAAUCUGAAGCAAAUAAGCAAUGCUGUUAGAACUGCAUUAAUGGUCACCACGCUGUGUACAGAGCCCAAGGACAGUGAUGCUCCUUCACUGCUUUGGCCUGAUUGCAGAAGUCCUGAUCUUCUUCAUGACAUUCUGAAGCAGGAAUCCUGCAGGCAAAAGACAGCUGAUCCAGAUGAAAGGAAGUGUGAAACAGACGUGAAAGCUCCUGUUCCCAACCUUGCUACCACUGAACUUCUGGAAAUUUUUCAAGUCUCACUUGGAGAUGAAAGUACAAGCAAAUUAGAGGAGCUGAUAAAUGGUUUGCUUAUGAGCUCACAGGUUGCUGGUACCACCACAGAGUAUGAGGGUAAAGGCAAAGGAGAUGGGCUUCAUUCUCUUUCCUCAACAGAACAAUCAGAGCUUGGAUCAGAAGUUGAUGAAGACAAAACAUUGGCAGAUAACACAGCCACUACUUGGAAAAGUGAUCAGGAGCAUGGGAAGACAGAAAGCCUGUCCAAAGGUUUUAUUGAGCCUGUUUCGAAAACAAGAGAAGCAGUUGUGGGAGACACCCCCACUAGCAUGUUUGAUGGAGUACAGCAGUGUUUAAAGUUGACAGAGAAAAUGCAAGAACAUUUGGCAGUGCUUCAGGAUAUGAAAAACCACCUAGAUAAGCAGCAGCCUAUUAGUAACAGCCUGGAAAUACUAAAAGCUGAAUUGGAACAGCUAGAGUCAUUUGAAUCAGGACUGGCUACCUUUGCAAUUAUCCUAAAAAAGGACAUGAAGCUGGCAGAAGAAUUCUUAAAGUCUUGUAACAGGGAUAUUCCAGAAGAGAAACUUAAAGAGCUAAAGAUAAGCUAUGACUCUUUGCAGGGCACAUUUUUGGUGGUCUGUGAUAGAUCUUCAAAACGAGCAAAACAAAUAGUCUGCGCUGUUGACUUGGAAAUGUCUAAGCUUGCCGGAUUGCAUCAGCAACUUCUAAACCAACUGCAGAGAUUUUCAGACUGGAUCACAGAGAACAAUAAAAUCAUGAAUAACUUCACAAUGAAUACUCAUGAUAUAGAAGAGAUGAAGAAAAGUUUACAGCUAUUUAAAAACAGUGCUGCAGAGCUCAGCUGUAAAAAAAUGCAACUGGAGUCCACUGCAUUUGAUGUUCAGUUCUUCAUUUCUGAACAUGCUGAAGAUCUUUCUCCUAAUCAGAGCAAACAGCUGUUGAGGCUCUUAAAUACCACCCAGAAAUCUUUUCAGGAAGCACAGGAAGCAAUAACUUCUCAAGUGGAAAGUUUAGAGACUCAGUUACAGGCAGUGCAAGAGCUGGGUGAUCAGAAGGAUGUGGCUGAACGGCAGCAGGAAUGCAAAGAGAAACUGCAGGAAAUCUGUGAUUUGCUUACACAGACUGAAAAUCGACUCAUCGGACAGCGACAGUCUCUUGUUAUUGGAGACAGCAAGGCUGAGCUGGAACAAUACCAGACCAAACAGGAGGAGAUACAAAAAGACAUGAGAACAAGUGCCCAGACACUGGCAGAGAUCGUGAAAAAUACUGAAACCUUCUUGAAAGAGAAUGGAGAAAAGUUGUCACAAGAAGACAGGACAAUUCUGGAGCAGAAACUAAAUGAAGCUAAGACAAAGUGUUUGCUCCUUAGCCAGAAGGCAGAAGAGUCCAAAAAAGAACUGGAUAAAGCUAUGACAACAGCAAUUAAGCAGGAAACAGAAAAGGUUGCAGCCAUAGAACAGCUGGAAGAAAGCAAAAAUACAAUAGAAAAUCUUUUGGAUUGGUUAUCAAAUGUGGAUAAAGAAGCAGAGCAUGGCCGGAAGUUUAAGCAAGUGAUAGAACAGAAUGGAACACACUUUGAAGAAGGAGAUGUGAAAGUUUUGGAAGGAGAGGAGGAUGAUGUCAACGGUAAUCUGCUGGAAGACAUUGAAACUCAGGUGGAUGGACUAGUAAAAAGCAUAGAUGAUAAUCUGAACCAGCAGUAUCAGAAAGUCAAGGCUCAACAUGAGAAAAUUAUUUCACAGCAGCAGGCUAUCAUAGUAGCAACUCAGUCUGCUCAGACACUGCUUGAGAAACAAGGGCACUACCUUACCCCUGAAGAAAAAGACAAGAUGCAGAGGAACAUGAAAGAGCUGAAGGCUCAGUAUGAGACUGCUUUGGCUGAAUCAGAACGAAAAAUGAAAUUGACCCAUUCUCUAAGGGAGGAAUUGGAGAAAUUUGAUGCAGACUAUAGUGAAUUUGAAAUGUGGCUGCAGCAGGCAGAACAAGAACUUGACAAUUUGGAGGCAGGUGCUUCUGACUUCAGUGGUAUUAUGGUCAAACUGAAAAGGCAGAAGAGUUUUUCAGAAGAUGUUAUCUCUCACAAAGGUGAUUUACGCUAUAUUACAAUUUCUGGACAAAGAGUUUUGGAUGCUGCAAGGUCAUGUAGCAAAAGAGACGGUGUGAAGGUUGACAAAGAUGGUAUAGAUACUUCGGCUACAUAUGCUGAAGUGCAAAAUAAACUGGAUAGAGCUUCAGAUCGCUUCAAAUCUCUCUAUACUAAGUGUAGCAUCCUUGGAAAUAACCUUAAAGACCUGGUGGAUAAAUACCAGCAUUAUGAAGAUGCCUCAUCUGGACUUUUGUCAGGUCUCCAGGCCUCUGAAAUAGCUGUGAGCAAACAAUUAUCAGAGCCAAUUGCAGUGGAUCCCAAAAAUCUCCAAAGACAACUUGAAGAAACUAAGGUUCUUCAGGGACAAGUGUCUAAUCACCAAAUUGCUGUAGAAAAACUGAAAAAAGCUGCUGAAGUAUUAUUGGACACAAGGGGAGAGUUGACACCAGACAAAGAUGAGAUUCAGAAAACACUGGAUGAUAUUGUGGAAAGAUAUGACAAUUUGUCUAAAUCUGUGAAUGAAAGGAAUGAGAAGCUUCAAGUAACUCUGACACGAUCCCUAAGUGUGCAGGAUGGUUUGGAUGAAAUGCUGGAUUGGAUGGAAGGAGUUGAAAAGAGCCUUAAAGAGCAAGAUCAAGUGCCUUUGAAUUCUGCUGCUAUUCAGGACAUUAUUAGUAAAAGCAUCAUGCUAGAACAAGACAUUGCUGGUCGCCAAAGCAGUAUAAACACUAUGAAUGAAAAAGUGAAGAAGUUCAUGGAAACAGCAGAUCCGUCUACUGCAUCCACACUGCAAGCUAAAAUGAGUGAACUUGCAGGACGGUUUUCUGAAGCAAGUAACAAGCAUAGGGAGAAGCUUAUGAAAAUGGAGGAAUUGAAGACUAAAGUGGAGUUAUUUGAAGGUCUGUCAACAAAACUUCAAUCAUUUCUAGAUGAGAAAAACCAGGCACUCAGUGAGACGGAGGCACCGAGAAAGGAUGUUAGUGAAGUGUCUCAAUACAUGCAGGAAGCUGGUGUAGAGUUGGCACAACACAAGAAGGAUCUGGAAGUUUUGAAGCAGCUCCUUGAAGAACUUUCGUUCCAUGCUCUUCCUGGAGAUAAAGCACUGGUAUUAGAAAAAGUAAAUGCUUUGUCAAAGAAAUUCAAAGAGGUAGAGGAGACAAUAAAAGAAAAAGAAGAGGAUGUAUCAUCUUGUCAGAAACAAAUGGAUGCUUUUGAGCUCCUAGUAGAAUCAUUAAAGAAAUGGAUAAAGGAGACGACAGAACGAAUUCCAGCAGCACAGCCCUCUCUGAAUACAGAGGAGUUAAAGAAACCUUUGGAAGAUACAUUGAAUUUAAAAGAUGAAUGGACGUUAAAGGCACCUGAACUGCAGAAAAUGAAUAGCAGAGGAACUUUGCUGUGUAACUUAAUCACUGCUGUGACUUCUCCUGCAAAAUUGAGAGCAGUUGCCAAAUCAGGCGGCAUAAUUUUAAAUGGUGAAGGAGGAGCUCCAGGAACUCAGGACUUCUUGAAAAAUAAAGAACUGACAACUGUUCAACAAGCUAUGUCUAAUAUAAAUCACAGCUAUGAAGAUUUGGGAGUUUUAUUGAAUGAAAAGAUUUCAGAACUAGAAAGUAUGCUUUCAAAAAUGCAAAAUAUUCAGGAAGAAUCAGCCUCAAUGAUGCAUUGGUUGCAAAAAAUGGACAAAACUGCAUCAGACUGGGAAGCUGCUCCAACAGAUAGUGAAGCAGUUAAAGCCCAAGUCGAGCAACAUAAGCUUUUUGAAACUGAAUUAAAGCAAAGUGCAAAUAAGGUGCAGGAAUUAAAGGACAAAGUUACAGAGCUGUUGGAGAAGAACCCUGACUCUCCUGAGGCACCUAAGUGGAGACAAACGUUGGAUAAAAUAGAUUCCAAAUGGAAAGAACUCAAUAAAGUUACAUCUGAGAGACAACAAAAACUGGAGGAGUCUUCAAAUUACCUGAUCCAGUUCCAGACAGCAGAAGCUCAGCUAAAGCACUGGCUUGUAGAAAAGGAGCUAAUGGUCAGUGUGCUGGGACCAUUAUCAAUUGAUCCUAAUAUGCUGAAUACACAAAAGCAACAGGUUCAGAUUCUGCUGAAAGAGUUUGACACCAGAAAACCACAAUAUGAGCAGUUAACUAUGGCUGGGCAGGGGAUUCUGGAGAGACCUGGUGAACAUCCACCCUCACAUGAAACUGUAAAAGAGCAACUGGCAGCUGUGGCACAAAAGUGGGACAGUCUCACCAGCCAGCUGAAGAAGAGAUGUGACCGAAUUGACCAAGCCAUUGUGAAAAGCACAGAGUAUCAAAGCUUACUCAGAAGUCUGUCUGAUAAGCUAAGUGCCUUGGAUAGUAAACUCAGCAGCAGCCUGGCUGUGAGUACACAACCUGAUGCUGUGAAACAACAGCUGGAAAUUGCUAAAGAAAUGAAGGAGGAAAUAGAACAGGAAAUGAAGAAUAUAAAUGCAGCACAAGCUCUUUGUGAAGAGCUGUCAACACUGGUUGGGGAAGAGUAUUUGAAAGCAGAACUUACAAGACAGUUAGACGGCAUCUUAAAAUCAUUUAAGGAUAUUGAGCAAAAAUCAGAUAACCAUGUUCAGCAGCUUCAGUCAGCAUAUGCCUCUUCUCAUCAGUUCCAGCAAAUGUCUAAGGAUUUUCAGGCCUGGCUAAGCAAAAAGAAAGAAGAGCUGAACCAGGCUCAUCCUGUGUCAGCCAAACUUGAUGCUUUGCAAUCACUAAUUGAAGAACAGAAAGAUUUUAAGAAGACAAUGACUGAUCAGAUUGGUUCAUAUGAAAGAAUUGUUGCAGAAGGAGAAAGUAUUUUACAGAAGACUCAAGGAGAUGACAAAGCAGAAUUACAAUCCCAAAUUGCCACACUCAAGAGUAACUGGGAUGAAAUGAAUAAACAGGUAAAAGAAAGGGAAGAUAAAUUGGCAGAUUGUCUGGAGAAAGCCCUCAAAUAUAAGCACCAUGUAGAAAAUCUGCAGCCAUGGAUAGAGAAAUGCCAAAGCAACCUGUGUGAAUUAAAAGUUGGCAUAAACCCUGUUGAAAUAGAGGAUUCUAUUGUUCAGGUAAGGGCGUGGCAGAAGGACCUGGAUAAACACCAUGGGAUGGUGGAACUAUUAAAUAAUUCUGCUGAAAGUUUGCUCAGUGCAAGUCAAACAGAUAAAGAAAUUGUACAAGAACAAACUAAGGCGCUGAAUCAGAAUGUGAAAGUGGUUACAGAACAGUUACAUAAAAAGAGAGAGUGCUUGGAAAACAUGGCACAAAGACUGAAAGAGUUUCAGGACUCAUCCAGAGAAACUGAAAGACAGCUUAAAAGUGCCAAAGAGCAUCUGGAAGCUCAUGACUCACUUGGACCUCAGUCAUUCAGUAACAAACACCUGACAAUGAUGCAGGCCCAGCAGAAAGCCUUGCAAGCUUUAAAGCCUCACGUUGAUUUAGCAAAAAAGCUUGCCCAAGACCUGGUGGUAGAGGCUUCUGAUUCAACAGGCGUUUCUGACCUCUUACUCCAAGCCGAAUCUUUGGAGCAAGAAUACACUGCAGUGAAGCAGCAAGUUGAGGAUAGGUGCUCAUUCCUAGAGACCAAACUUCAGGGAAUUGGCCAUUUCCAAAACAGCAUCCGAGAGAUGUUCUCUCAGUUUGCAGAGUUUGAUGAUGAGCUUGAUAGCAUGGCUCCAGUGGGGAGAGAUCUCAAGGUACUGCAAUCUCAGAGAGAGGACAUAAAAUGUUUCAUGAAAAAGUUGGAGGAUCUUAUAGUGAAUAAUGAAAAUGCUAAUAAAAACUGUAAAAUUAUGCUAGCCACAGAAGCUGAAGCUUCUCCUGAUCUUGUUGGUAUAAAGAGAGACUUGGAAGCUCUAAAUAAACAGUGCAACAAGCUACUAGACAGAGCAAAAGCCAGGGAAGAUCAGGUGGAGGGUACCAUUUGCCGUGUUGAGGAGUUUUACAGUAAACUAAAAGAAUUUUCCACUCUGCUUGGGAGAGCUGAAGAACAUGAAGAGUCACAAGGUCCUGUUGGAAUGGAAACAGAGGCUAUUAAUCAGCAGCUGAAUACAUUCAAGGUAUUCCAGAAAGAAGAAAUUGAACCUUUGCAAGUCAAACAACAGGAAGUAAAUUGGUUGGGUCAGGGCCUUAUUCAGAGUGCUGCUAAAAGUACCAACACAGAAAACCUUGAACACGACCUUGAAGAUGUCAACACCCGAUGGAAGACUCUUAAUAAGAAGGUUGCUCAGCGUGCUGCACAAUUGCAGGAAGCUCUCCUCCACUGUGGGAGAUUUCAGGAUGCCCUUGAAUCUCUGCUUAGCUGGCUCAUUGAUACAGAAGAUCUUGUGGCUAAUCAGAAACCACCAUCUGCUGAAUUCAAAGUUGUCAAGGCCCAAAUACAAGAACAGAAGCUUCUCCAGAGGCUGCUGGAUGACCGCAAGCCUACUGUGGAGGCAAUCAAGCGCGAAGGGGAGAAAAUUGCGGAGUCAGCAGAGCCUGCUGAUAGAGUGAAAAUCCUGAAACAGUUGAGUUUCCUGGAUAGUCGAUGGGAUGCCUUGCUCAGUAAAGCUGAAACAAGGAACCGUCAGCUGGAAGGCAUCUCGGUGGUAGCACAGCAGUUCCACGAAGCUCUGGAGCCACUGGUGGAGUGGCUGACAACCACAGAGAAGAGGCUUGCAAAUGCAGAACCUAUUGGAACACAGGCCUCCAAACUGCAGCAGCAGAUUUCUCAGCAUAGAGCCCUAGAAGAUGAUGUCCUAGCUCACAAUAAGAGUUUACAUCAGGCCAUUAGCGCUGGCCAGUCUCUAAAGACUAUGAGCUCCAGGGAAGAUAAAGAUAUGGUGCAGGAAAAGCUAGAUUCUGCUCAGGCACGAUACAUUGAAGUUCAAGAGAGGAGCAACAGCAGGUCUGAACUUCUCCAGCAAGCUUACAGCAAUGCUCAGAUUUUUGGGGAGGACGAAGUUGAAUUGAUGAACUGGCUGAAUGAAAUCCAUGAUAAACUGAACAAAUUGUCAGUCCAAGAUUGCAACACAGAAUUGCUUGAGAAACAGCACUCUGAACUACUGGAUCUUCAAGAAGAGAUUCUUCUUAGAAAACAAAAUGUUGAUUUGGCUAUACAAAAUGGCUUAGAGCUUCUCAAGCAAACAACAGGUGAUGAAGUUGUAAUUGUUCAAGAUAAACUGGAAGGCAUUAAAGCAAGAUACAAAGACAUUACAAAAUUAAGUUCUGAUGUAUCCAAGACUUUAGAGCAGGCACUGCAGCUUGCAGGCCAACUGCACUCAACUCAUGAGAAACUCUGCAAAUGGCUUGAUGAAGUAGAGAUGGAGUUACUCUCAUAUGAAACACAGACACCAAAGGGUGAAGAAUUAAGCCAAGUACAAGAAAGACAAAAAGAGCUGAAAAAAGAAGCAAAGGACAACAAAGGCUUAGUGGACACUCUGAAUGAAGUUGGCAGUGCCUUCCUGGAGCUGGUGCCAUGGAGGGCCAGAGAGGGGCUGGACAAGAUGAUAACAGAGGACAACGAACGUUACAGAUUAGUGAGUGACACGAUCUCUCAGAAGGUGGAUGAGAUUGAUGCUGCCAUCCUGAGAUCCCAGCAGUUUGAUCAAGCAGCUGAUGCUGAAUUUGCCUGGAUUGCAGAAACAGAAAAGAAACUGAUGUCUCUGGGUGAUAUUAGGCUUGAGCAAGACCAGACCACUGCUCAGCUGCAAGUUCAAAAGGCUUUUACCAUGGAGAUUUUAAGGCACAAAGAUGCUAUAGAUGAACUUGUUAAAUCCGGGGAUAAGAUUAUGAAAACAUGCACUGAAGAAGAGAAACAGAUGAUGAAGAAAAAAAUUGAAAGCCUCUUACAGAAGUACGAUGCAGUCUGUCAGAUGAACUCAGAGAGAAAUCUCCAGCUGGAACGGGCUCAGUCCCUGGUUAACCAGUUCUGGGAGACUUAUGAAGAGCUUUGGCCAUGGUUAACUGAAACAGAAAUGAUCAUCUCUCAGCUUCCUGCACCAGCCCUUGAAUAUGAAACAUUAAAGCAACAACAAGAAGAACAUAGGCAACUGCGUGAGCUGAUUGCUGAGCACAAGCCUCAUAUAGAUAAGAUGAACAAAACUGGGCCUCAGUUGCUGGAGCUGAGCCCAGGAGAAGGCUUUUCUAUCCAAGAGAAAUAUGUGGCAGCUGACACCCUUUACAGUAAAAUUAAGGAAGAUGUCAAAAAGCGAGCACUGGCACUGGAUGAAGCCAUUUCUCAGUGUACCCAGUUUCAUGACAAGAUAGAUCCAACUCUUGAGAGUCUGAAACGCAUAGUUGAACGUCUGAGGCAGCCACCUUCCAUCUCAGCAGAGGUUGAGAAGAUAAAAGAGCAGAUCAGUGAGAAUAAGAAUGUGUCAGUGGAUCUGGAAAAGCUUCAGCCCGUGUAUGAGACACUUAAACAGAGAGGGGAGGAAAUGAUUGCUCGCUCAGAAGGUGCUGAUAAGGAUAUGUCUGCUAAAGCUGUUCAAGAUAAACUAGACCGAAUGGUCCUAAUUUGGGAAGACAUCCAGACCUUGACUGAGGAAAGAGAGGCCAAACUGUUGGAUGUAAUGGAAUUAGCUGAAAAGUUUUGGUGUGAUCAUAUGGCUCUUGUAGCUACUAUUAAAGAUACUCAGGACUUCAUUCGAGAACUGGAGGGACCUGGAGUUGACCCAUCUGUAGUCAAGCAACAGCAAGAAGCUGCAGAGGCUGCUAAAGAAGAAAUUGAUGGACUACAAGAAGAACUAGAAGCAGUUGUGAGCCUUGGCUCUGAGCUGAGAGCUGCUUGUGGAGAGCCUGACAAACCUAUUGUCAACAAGAGUAUAGAUGAGCUGAAUUCUGCCUGGGAUGCAUUAAACAAAACAUGGAAAGAACGUGUGGAUAAGCUUGGGGAAGCUAUGCAGGCAGCUGUUCAAUACCAAGAUGGACUACAGGCAUUAUUUGACUGGGUAGACAUUGCUGGCAGCAAGUUAGCAUCUAUGUCCCCAGUUGGAACAGAUCUGGAGACAGUGAAGCAGCAAACGGAGGAACUUAAGCAAUUUAAGACAGAAGCUUAUCAGCAGCAGAUAGAAAUGGAAAGACUGAACCAUCAGGCAGAACUAUUGCUCAAGAAGGCAACACAAGAGAGUGACAAGCACACUGUUCAAGACCCUCUCUCAGAGCUCAGACUAUUGUGGGACAGCCUAGAAGACAAAAUUAUAAGUAGACAGCACAAGCUGGAAGGUGCCUUGUUAGCCUUGGGGCAGUUCCAGCAUGCCCUGGAUGAGUUACUGGCAUGGCUGACGCACACAGAAGACUUGCUGAAUGAACAGAAACCCGUGGGUGGAGACCCCAAGGCUAUUGAAAUUGAACUUGCCAAACAUCAUGUGCUACAAAAUGAUGUUUUCGCCCAUCAGUCUACGGUGGAAGCUGUUAAAAAAGCAGGAAAUGACCUGAUUGAAUCAAGUGCUGUUGAAGAAGCAAGUAAUUUACGGAGCAAGCUGGAACUCCUGAAUCAGCGCUGGCAAAAGUUGUUGGAAAAAACAGAACAAAGGAAACAGCAGCUGGAUAGUGCCUUGAUCCAGGCUCAAGGUUUCCAUGGUGAAGUUGAAGAUCUGCAGCAAUGGCUGACAGACACUGAACGUCAGCUGUUGACAUCAAAACCUGUUGGAGGCUUACCAGAAACAGCAAGAGAGCAGCUUAAUGCACAUAUGGAACUUUGUGCUGCCUUUGAGGCCAAAGAAGAGACAUACAAGUGUCUAAUGCAGAAAGGCCAGCAGAUGCUUGCAAGAUGCCCAGAAUCUGCUGAAACAAACGUUGAGCAGGACAUAAAUAACUUAAAAGAAAAAUGGGAAUCCGUGCAAACAAAACUCAGUGAAAGAAAAACCAAACUGGAAGAAGCCCUCAAUUUAGCAAUGGAGUUCCACAACUCACUUCAAGAUUUCAUCAACUGGCUUACUCAGGCUGAGCAGACUCUAACUGCAGCUUCUCGGCCAAGUCUUAUCUUGGACACUGUCUUAUUUCAAAUUGAUGAACACAAGGUUUUUGCCACAGAAGUGAACUCUCAUCGAGAUCAGAUCAUAGAGCUGGACAAAACUGGAACCCAUUUGAAAUAUUUCAGCCAGAAACAGGACGUUGUCCUUAUUAAGAAUCUGUUGAUUAGUGUACAGAGUCGAUGGGAAAAAGUAGUCCAACGCUUGGUUGAAAGGGGAAGAGCUUUGGAUGAUGCAAGGAAAAGAGCCAAACAGUUCCAUGAAGCCUGGCAUAAACUUAUGGAAUGGCUGGAAGAAUCAGAGAAAUCUUUGGACUCAGAUCUUGAAAUUGCAAAUGACCCUGACAAAAUAAAGAUGCAGCUUGCACAGCAUAAGGAAUUCCAGAAAUCUCUUGGUGCCAAACAUUCUGUGUAUGAUACCACGAAUAGGACUGGACGUUCCUUGAAAGAGAAAACCACCUUGGCUGAUGACAAUUUGAAACUUGAUGACAUGCUGAGUGAACUAAGAGAUAAAUGGGAUACAAUUUGUGGAAAGUCAGUGGAAAGACAAAAUAAACUGGAGGAAGCCCUGCUAUUUUCAGGACAGUUCACUGAUGCUCUGCAAGCUCUCAUUGAUUGGUUAUACAAGAUUGAACCUCAGCUAGCAGAAGACCAACCAGUGCAUGGAGACAUUGAUUUAGUAAUGAAUCUGAUUGACAACCACAAGGUUUUCCAGAAGGAGCUGGGAAAAAGAACAAGCAGUGUCCAGGCUCUGAAGCGCUCUGCAAGGGAGCUGAUAGAAGGCAGUCGUGAUGACUCUUCCUGGGUCAAAGUGCAAAUGCAGGAGCUAAGCACUCGCUGGGAGACAGUUUGUGCCCUGUCAGUAUCCAAGCAAACACGACUGGAACAGGCCCUCCGGCAGGCAGAAGAAUUCCACUCAGUUGUCCAUGUCCUUUUGGAGUGGCUGGCAGAGGCAGAGCAGGCUCUUCGUUUCCACGGCAUCCUCCCAGAUGAUGAAGAGGCCUUGCGAACACUGAUAGAGCAGCACAGGGAAUUUAUGAAGAAACUGGAAGAGAAAAAGGCAGAACUGAAUAAAGCAACAGGUAUGGGGGAAGCUAUUCUGGCUAUCUGCCACCCAGACUCCAUCACCACCAUUAAGCACUGGAUAACAAUCAUCAGAGCCAGGUUUGAAGAGGUCUUGGCAUGGGCUAAACAACAUCAACAGAGACUAGCAGGAGCUCUGGCUGGACUUAUUGCUAACCAGGAGCUGCUGGAAGCCUUGCUGUCCUGGUUGCAGUGGGCAGAGACUACACUAACUGAAAAAGAUAAAGAGGUUAUCCCCCAGGAGAUUGAGGAAGUUAAAGCGCUUAUAGCUGAACAUCAGACAUUCAUGGAAGAAAUGACCAGAAAACAGCCUGAUGUGGAUAAAGUUACAAAGACCUAUAAAAGGAAAGCACUUGAACCCUCUCCAGUACAAUCGCAUAUUCCUGUCCUUGAUAAGGGGAGAGCAGGAAGAAAGCGUUCCCCAACACCAGGCAUUUAUCCAUCAGCAGCCCAGGCACAAAUUGAAACCAAGAAUCCACGGGUAAACCUUUUAGUCAGCAAAUGGCAGCAAGUUUGGCUUCUGGCCUUGGAAAGAAGAAGAAAACUUAACGAUGCUCUGGACAGACUUGAAGAGCUGAGAGAAUUUGCCAACUUUGAUUUUGAUAUUUGGAGGAAAAAAUACAUGCGAUGGAUGAACCACAAGAAGUCUCGUGUGAUGGACUUCUUUAGGAGGAUUGAUAAAGAUCAGGAUGGAAAGAUUACAAGACAGGAAUUUAUCGAUGGAAUUCUUUCUUCAAAAUUCCCUACAAGCCGACUUGAAAUGAGUGCUGUUGCAGACAUUUUUGAUAGAGAUGGUGAUGGAUAUAUUGACUAUUAUGAAUUUGUAGCAGCUCUUCAUCCAAACAAGGAUGCAUACAAGCCUCUCACAGAUGCUGACAAAAUUGAAGAUGAGGUUACAAGGCAGGUAGCAAAAUGUAAAUGUGCGAAGCGGUUUCAAGUGGAACAGAUUGGGGAUAACAAGUACAGGUUCUUCCUGGGAAAUCAGUUCGGUGACUCUCAACAACUGCGCCUUGUUCGUAUCCUAAGAAGUACGGUCAUGGUCCGUGUUGGAGGUGGCUGGAUGGCACUUGAUGAGUUCUUAGUGAAAAAUGAUCCUUGCCGUGUUCAUCAUCACGGGAGUAAAAUGUUACGUUCGGAAUCAAACUCUUCAAUUACCACUCAGCCUACUAUAGCUAAAGGGAGGACAAACGUGGAGCUGCGUGAAAAAUUCAUUUUGGCAGAUGGUGCCAGUCAGAGCAUGGCAGCUUUCCGACCAAGGGGCCGUAGAUCACGACCCUCUUCAAGAGGUGCUUCUCCCAACAGAUCCACUUCUCUCUCAAGUCAAGCUGGCCAGGCAGCUGCCCCACAAGCUGUUACUACAAGUACACCGAAGACACCACAUCAUUUAACACGCAACUAUGGUAAACCAUGGUUGACAAACAGCAAAACAUCAACUCCUUCUAAACCACCAGAAUCCUCAGACUAUCAAGGGUCAUCUGCAGAGGGAACACCAAUUCAAGGAAGUAAACUCAGACUGCCAGGAUACCUAUCAGGGAAGGGUUUCCACUCAGGAGAAGACAGUGGCAUCCUGUCAACAGCAGCUACCAGAGUCAGAGCUCAGUUUGCAGAAACCCGAAGAACUCCAAGCAGACCUGGUAGCCGAGCAGGUAGCAAGGCUGGCAGCAGGUCAAGCAGCCGCCGAGGCAGUGACGCAUCUGACUUUGACAUUUCGGAAAUCCAGUCUGUGUGCUCAGAUAUGUCAGAGACUGUUCCUGCUACAAGCAGGCCGACACCCCGAGCAGGUUCUCGGCCAGGAUCCACCAAGCCUUCUAAAAUUCCAACUCCCCAGAGAAGGCCACUAGCCAGCAAAUCGGACAAGUCCUUGAAGAGAUAAUAUGAUUGGCUCCAUAAAGGUCUUUUCCUUUUGCAUUAAAUAUUUAAGUUCAUAAGAUGUAAAAUAUUAUGUAGAAAUUACUGUGAAAUAUCGCAAGAGGUGGGUUUUUAAUUCUGCAGAUGGCCUUAUUUGUGUAUUUGUCUUCUUAUUUUAUGUGUAUAAUUUUUGUCAGAUUCUUUUUCGUUUUGCCAUAUCCUAUGAGAAGGGGAAGAGUUCUAAUGUAAACUAACAGUUGUACACAGUAACAUGUAGAAAGUACACUAAAAAUAAUUGCCGAAUGUACAGUGUACUGAAUGUACAGUAAGUCUCUGCAACCUCAAUAAAAAAGGCCUAUCACUAUGUCAUUAGUUAACAGUAAAGGAUACCUCAUGAUUUUUCUUUAAAAAAGAAAAAGAGAAUACUGAAAGCCAAAAGACACAAUUACACAUUUUGAGCUAACUAAACAAACACUAAAUGAUGUAUGUUAAAACUACUAAGGAAUACAAACACACAUUCACAGUACCCUUAUUUAUACAGCAUCUCUCAGAGAACUCACAGAGUUAAUUAAGCACUUGCCAAUAAUAUGAUAUUCCAAUACCUUGCAGCAUUUCUGUGCCAUUGCUUUCAAUGAGGCCAGACACAUUCUGGAUAUCUGAACUAUUAUUCUGUAAGAAUAUCAAUAUAAAGUGCAUUCAUGUAAAUGUGAGGUUUUCUUUCGCUUGAGUGGAUGGUAGCACUGUAUCAUUGAACUCAUUUUGUAUCAAAGCAAUUUUGCUUGCAGAAAGCUCAGAAAUAAACAUGUCCCUUAACUUUAUUUCUAUUGUAUUUCUUAUUUCACAGGAAGGUAAUUUUCAGUGUUAUGUUUUAGAGCAUAUGCCAUUUCAGAUGACCAAUAAUUACCAUAGGAACACAGGCUUUAAUGUUAUUUCCCAUUACCAGCUAUCUGAUUUUGGUUAGCUACUGUAUUUGAUUAAUAAAACACUAAAUUGCACAUAUCAGAGCAUA